AUGGAUAGAAAUAACUUGGCUUUUGACCUUGAUGCUAUAAUGGAUCAACUGGCUGACUCGGAUUUGGGCGAGGACUUUGACGACGAUAAUGAUUGGCAUCCACCUGGUCAGCUAACUAAUUCUAGCUCGGAUAACGAAGACGAGCAAGAAGCAAGAAAUUCAACAGUAGCAAGUCCAUCAUCGUCGAAUAAAUGGAUUCGCAGACGAUUCAUCGGUAAACCCAUGCCUACACUGAUCUCGGAGCCGACGGAAGAAGUACUUACUCCAAGUGAAUACUUUGAUAGGUACUUUACUGAAGAAAUUUACGAGUUAUUUGCUUUUAACACGAAUGUUUAUUAUCAGUUGAGUUUUAACAAACAACUUAAUCCUCCGGUUACUGCGACAGAAAUUAAAAAGUUUUUUGGUAUUAAUGGAAUCCUGGGCUGCAUUAGAUAUCCUAGAAUCAAGAUGGUGUGGAUGCAACGAUUUAGACUAUCUUGUAUUGCAGAGGCAAUGGCUCGUGAAAGAUUCUUUCUUCUCAGAGUAAACUUACACAUAGUAGAUAAGGGAUCUGUAUCACCUGAAAUAUAA